CCCAGUCUGCCGCGCCCGCCGCCCGCACCAUGCCGCGCUCCUUUCUGGUGAAGACGCAGCCCGGACACCGGGCCCCCGACUACGGGCGGCUGGAGACGCGCAGAGGAGACAAUGGCACCUGCUCCGACAAGAAGGAGGCCCCUUCUGUGCCUGGCCGCCUGGCCCGGCCCUGGGACUGCACCUCGGCCAUCACCUGUGUCUCCCUGCCCCUCCUGCCGUGUCACGAGGAAGCUCUGGGGUUCCCUAGGCCAGACACCCCGGAGAUUGGCCUGGGGGGCCCUUGGGCCGGCCAGGUCCCCAGCUCCCCGCUCAGAGACAGCCUGAACCACCUCAACCUGCCCCCACUGCUGCUCCUGCCCACACGCUGGCCCCCGAUCCUGCACCCCCAUGCAUAUGGGGCUCCAGACAAACUGCUUGGGGCCAUGGGGGCCCCUCCAGCCCCAGGCAGCUUUGAGUGCAUGCACUGCCACAAGGCCUACCACACGCCGGCGGGGCUGGCCAGGCACCAGCAGCUGCAGUGCCACCUGCAGGCCGGGCGCAUCUUUACCUGCAAGCACUGUGACAAGGAGUAUGGCAGCCUGGGCGCCCUCAAGAUGCACAUCCGCACCCACACGCUGCCCUGUGUGUGCGGCGUGUGUGGCAAGGCCUUCUCCAGGCCCUGGCUGCUGCAAGGCCACAUCCGGACCCACACAGGUGAGAAGCCCUAUGCCUGCGCCCACUGCAGCAGAGCCUUUGCUGACCGCUCCAACCUCCGGGCGCACCAGCAGACUCACUCAGGCACCAAGAAGUACCCGUGCAAGGGCUGUGGCAAGACCUUCUCCCGAAUGUCCCUCCUGGCACGGCAUGAGGAGGCUGGCUGCUGCUUGGCCCCUGAGGGUGCCCCCUGCCCUGAGAGCUGAGGGCCGGCUGGCCUCAGGCAGCCUGUCACCUGGGGUCCUGGAGGACAGAGGCCAACCCUGCAUCCAGCUAGACCCUGGGGACCCCACCUCAUGGGCACAUUUGCCACUGUUCCACCUCUGACCUGGCCCGGUUUCUGGUCCUGCUCUUCUAAGAGUGGGACACUUUUGGGGGGAUUCAGUGGCACUGGAUGGUUCCUGCUGUGACAGGCUACCCAGGGCCCCUCGAAACUUGAAGGAGCAGUUCUAACUGCAGUGAGUGGAUGGCACUGUGACAUGGGAGGGCACGGCUGUCUCUUGCCUUGAGUGUGCCCUCCCCGCCACACCACUUACCCCAAGAUGGAGCCUGUGGGGAAAACAGGAGUGGGUGGGUAAUAGAAGGGGGUGGGCACCUGGUCUUGUGGGGAAUAAAGAGCCCUGUCUGCC